GAUAGUGCUAUUCUUCUGGUCGAUAAAAGCUGUACAAGCUUGCAAAUGGGUAUUCCAUAGCAAUCCUAUUCCCAGUGCAAACUAGCUACACUCGUCCUUGAGCCAUGCCCCUUUUUCAUCAGAUCCUUAAAACAUUCUUCCAUGCACUUAUCAUUGCUGAGGUAAUUCUUGGACAGAGUGAUAGGGAAGUUCUUCUUGAGCUCAAGAACUUUUUACAGUUUCAGAACCCGAUAAACCAUGGUGGGUAUAACAGUUGGCCAGAGUCAGGGACCUCACCAUGCCAUUGGCAAGGUGUUGGUUGUGAUGCCUCUGGCAGGGUUAAUUUUCUCGAUCUUUCAAACUCAAAUAUAUCUGGUCCAGCCUUCCAAAACCUGUCACGCCUCAGUGGGCUCACACACUUGGACCUCUCAGCAAACAGCAUCACUGGGGAGCUGCAUGAUGAUCUCAAGAAUUGCCUGCAUCUCCAGUACCUAAACUUAUCUUACAAUCUCAUCAGUGGUAUUCUCGACGUCUCCAGCCUCGCCAACCUGCAGACACUAGAUGUGUCCCAAAAUCGGUUCGAAGGCGGCAUUAGCGCAAACUUCCCAGCAAUCUGCCGCAACCUAAGUGCUAUCAACUUGUCCAGCAAUAACCUGACAGGAAGUAUAAGUGGAUUGUUCAACAACUGCUUGAAGCUCCAGGAUGUUGAUCUCAGCUGGAACAGCUUCACUGGCAACGUCUGGAAUGGAAUUGCAAGGCUUAGACAGUUCAAGGCUGGAAAGAACAACUUCGCUGGGAGCAUCUCUUCAAGAAUUUUUUCCACGGGGUGCAAGCUCCAGUUACUAGAUCUCUCCAGUAAUCAUUUCUAUGGCAAUUUCCCGAGUUCAAUCGCAAAUUGCGCCGGUUUGACAUACCUGUCGAUAUGGGACAAUCACUUCAAUGGAUCUAUACCACCAGGAAUUGGCUCAAUCCAUGGGCUUGAGGAACUCGUUCUCACGAGCAACCACUUCGAUCGUGAGAUACCACUUGAGCUGAUGAACUGCACCAGCUUGAAAUAUUUGGACAUCAGUGACAACAACUUUGGAGGGGAGGUGCAACAAGUUCUUGGAAAAUUGACAAGCCUGACAAAUCUUGUGCUACAAGAGAAUAAUUACAGUGGAGGCAUUGUCUCCUCUGGUAUACUAGAGUUGCCAAAGUUGGCCCUCCUUGACCUCAGCUUUAACAACUUCAAUGGCAAGUUGCCUACUGAGAUCGCUAGUAUGGGUAGCAUCAAGGCCCUGAUGCUCGCGGAGAAUAACUUCUCUGGUACAAUCCCUCCAUCAUAUGGUCAGCUUGUGAAUCUCCAAGCAUUGGACUUGUCAUACAAUAGCCUCUCCGGUGAGAUUCCACCAAGCAUCGGUAAUUUGACAUUGCUUCUCUUGUUGAUGCUUGCUGGGAAUCAACUUUCAGGAGAAAUCCCUAGGGAGAUUGGAAACUGCACUAGCCUUCUUUGGCUCAACCUUGUCGGAAACCGGCUAUCUGGACAGAUCCCACCAGAGAUGGCAGGAAUGGGGAGGAACCCCAGCUCAACCUUUGCCAAGAAUCAGAAGAACCCUUCACUGAUGAAAUCUGUCACCAGCAAAUGCCUUGCUGUAUACCGUUGGGUCCCAUCAAGUUACCCAGAGUUUGACUAUGUCCAAUCGAUGAUGUUCUCACACAAGAACUGCCGCACCAUAUGGAACCGACUGUUGAUGGGGUAUGACAUACUUCCAGCAUCUUCUCCAUUACGAACAGCAUUAGGGUAUGUUCAGUUGUCAGGUAAUCUGCUGUCUGGGCAGAUACCCUCUGCAAUCGGUGCCAUGAAGAACAUCAGCUUGCUCCUUCUCGAUGGCAACCGCCUCUCUGGGCACCUACCAUCAGAGAUUGGCUCUCUUCAACUGGUUUCUUUGAAUGCAUCGAACAAUUCUAUUUCGGGUGAGAUUCCGUUCGAGAUAGGCAAUUUGGGUUCCAUUGAGAGCCUCGAUUUGUCAUGCAAUAAUUUCUCUGGCUCACUACCGUCGAGCCUUGAAAAGCUCUCUAAACUGAGUCAAUUCAACGUGUCAUACAAUCCUCUUCUCACGGGCGAGGUUCCAAGCAGUGGUCAGCUCUCCACUUUCAGUGAGCUAUCUUUUCUUGGUGAUCCACUACUGUCAUGGCGUUCAGCUGCAGGUCAUCCUCGUCCUAAAAAUGGCACUGGGUUCUUCUUUAAUGGCACUGAGUAUCCUACAAAAGAAGAUAUCAGUGUGUCAGUAAUUGCAUUUCUUGUCUUCUUCUCUGUUACCUUUGUAAUUAGAGAACUUCAGAUCAUUAUCUUUUUGUACAACAUUAUUAUGUAUAAACUCACCGACCAUAGGACGCCUUUGCAGUAGAAAUUAUAGCUACAUGUUACACCUUACAAAAAUAAAUGUGUAUUACCAUGGAAUUA